UCGGAUGGUUUUAUCGGACGGACAAAGGAAUCGAAGCUGCUGGUGGCACUGAACCUUAAAAUAGGUCGUGCCGUUUUCAGUAUGUCUGUCAAAUUAAACGCUCUAAAUAGUGAUUCGUACAUUGAUAUUGGUCGAUACAGAGACCAGCAUUUUAAGGGUGACCGCAUUGUUCAGGAGAAGCUGCUGAAGCAAAGUCACACUUUGUAUGUGGGAAACCUGUCGUUCUACACCACUGAGGAGCAGGUGCAUGAGCUUUUUUCUAAGUGUGGAGAUGUGAAGCGCAUCAUCAUUGGCCUCGAUAAAAUCAAGAAGACGGCAUGUGGAUUUUGCUUUGUUGAGUACUACACACGUGCAGACGCAGAACACGCCAUGCGUUACGUUAAUGGAACAAGAUUGGAUGACCGGAUCAUCCGGACAGACUGGGACGCUGGUUUCAAGGAGGGGCGGCAGUACGGCCGUGGCAAAUCUGGAGGACAGGUGAGAGAUGAGUACAGGCAAGACUAUGAUCCCGCCAGAGGAGGUUACGGUAAACUCGCUCAGCAGCAUCGAGUCACAGAGGGACGCAACAGUUUUUAGACUUCAGUCACCAGCAAGGACAGCAGAACCAG